AUGUUCUCGCUCAGACUAUGUGGCCAAAGGCCGUUUAGCAAAAUUCUCAAUUCAUCAUCACCUCCCCGCCUCAUCAAUCUGCAGCAUCUCACACGAAUCCGCCACCCGCGAAACUUCGAGAGCAGAUGCCUCCAGCGAUGCUACGCCCAAUCAUCCAAGAAGCCCGUAUCCAAGCCUAACCUCUCAGCAGCCGAGCAAGCAAAGCAGCAGGCCAGAGCUGCGGCUGCUAAUGCCGGAUCGAAAAAAUACGACAUCGCCGAGAGAUUACUCAUAUACCAUGCUGGCACGGGGCGGAUCACCUUCUUGGCCAUGGUCAAGGUGACGACGCUGUUUCUGGGGGCCUUCUUUACGUUUAUCGUUGUCCCGGGCUAUAUCAAGGCCGAGAAGUCAGAGUGGGAGAUCAUAGGAGUCGCCCUCUGCGGACUCAUCCCUCUCUUCUUUGUCGCAUACACAACGUCACCCUUCACCACCCAGAUCUACAUUCACCUCCCCCCAGCCGCGCGCACCAGCCGCCCAGCCCUCGAGCGCUUCAUCCACGGCGCCCUCCCCCCUUCCACCGAGCUCACCCUCACGACCAUGAGCGCCAUUGCGAAACCCCGCUACAGCACCAUGCAGCUGGGACACCUGCGUCCCGCAAAGCGACGGUUCGGAAUCGUCAAUUACGUGCGGGAUGCCGAGGGUGCGAUAGCGGAGAACGAGACGCGCAGGUGGUACAACUUGCGAGCGUUGACCAAGUUUGGCGUGCAGGAGGUGAGGACGGACAAGAAGCAGAAGAAGAAGGCCAAAGGAACCAAGAUUAGGGAUUUGACUGAGGCGUGGAUAUGGGAUGCCGUGAAGGACAAGAUUGAGAAGAGGGCAGCAGAGGUGGCGGCGGCCAAGUCGUCUUGACUGCUCUUGAUGUCGGUGACGAGGUAUGUCGAAAAUCAUCCAUACCUACCUAGUUUAUGCUUGAUAAUAAUGCCAUCCCAAGUGUUUCUC